CGACAGGCGCAGGAAUCAUGGACGCUCCGCAGCGCGCCGCCCCUCUCUGAGCUCUUCUCUGUCCUCACGCCCGCUGUGCUGAAAUCAGCCUCGAACCGACAGCAAUGUAACGGCAAUGAGACAAAGACACCGGCAGCCCGACGAACACACCGAUAAUGGACGAUGAUUUGUUUCAGUUAAGACAGCUCCCAGUGGUGAAAUUUCGGCGUACAGGUGAAAGCGCUCGCUCAGAGGAUGAGUGUGGCGGCAGGGAAGAGGCUUUGCAGGUGGAGGGAGGACGGAUGGAUAUGGAGUCUGUUUCCCUGGCUGAUGCUGCUCCGGUGCCUCGGGAAUUUGCCAACCCCACUGAUGAUACCUUCAUGGUUGAGGAUGCAGUGGAAGCCAUUGGCUUUGGAACGUUCCAGUGGAAACUGUCCAUCCUGACUGGACUUUCCUGGAUGGCCGACGCCAUGGAGAUGAUGAUUCUCAGUAUAUUGGCCCCUCAACUGCACUGUGAGUGGGCACUGCCCAGCUGGGAGGUGGCACUGCUAACUUCGGUAGUAUUUAUUGGAAUGAUGAUCAGUUCUUCAUUAUGGGGAAACAUAUCUGAUAGAUAUGGGAGAAAAACAGGUUUGAAGAUGAGUGUAUUAUGGACCCUGUUUUACAGCCUCCUCAGUGCGUUUGCACCUAUAUACGGAUGGAUUCUGUUCCUCAGAGCUCUGGUGGGCUUCGGCAUUGGAGGGGCUCCACAAUCAGUAACAUUGUAUGCUGAGUUUCUCCCCAUGCGGUCCAGAGCCACUUGCAUUCUGCUGAUAGAGAUAUUCUGGGCGUUGGGUACAGUAUUUGAAGUGCUGCUGGCUAUUUUGGUGAUGCCAACUUUGGGCUGGCGCUGGCUGCUGGCCCUCUCCACCAUUCCACUCUUCAUUUUUGCUUUUUUUUGCUUUUGGCUGCCGGAGAGCGCUCGUUACGACGUCCUGACAGGAAACCAGGAGAAGGCUUUAAACACACUCAAACGCAUUGCAACAGAGAAUAAUGUCCCCAUGCCGCUGGGAAAACUCAUAGUGGCCAGACAGGAGGACAGGGGGAAAAUUCAAGAUCUUUUCUCUCCACACUUCCGUUGGACCACUGUUCUGCUCUGGUUCAUAUGGUUCUCUAAUGCAUUCUCAUAUUAUGGUGUGGUUUUGCUGACCACUGAGCUUUUCCAGGAGGGAGGCGCCUGUGGUAGGGCGAAGGGCAGUAAAAGGGAGCCAAGUUGCAGUUUGGAGUGCAAAUAUCUGAAUUCAGAUGAUUACAAAGACCUUCUGUGGACCACACUUUCUGAGUUUCCUGGCCUGCUGGUGACCCUGUGGGCGAUUGAUCGAUUAGGGAGGAGGAUGACUAUGGCAUUGUGUUUCUUUGUCUUCUCCCUCUGCAUUGUGCCGCUCUACGGCUGUGUGGGAAGGACAUCUUUGACAGUAUUUAUAUUCAUUGCGAGGGCUUUUAUCGCUGGAGGUUUCCAGGCUGCAUAUGUGUACACCCCUGAGGUGUAUCCCACAGCCACGAGGGCACUGGGUUUGGGCACCAGUAGUGGGAUGGCUCGGGUUGGAGCUCUCAUCACACCAUUUGUGGCACAGGUGAUGCUGGAAUCAUCUGUGUACCUGACUCUGUCGGUGUACUGCUGCUGCUGUUUGCUGGCUGCUAUCGCUUCCUGUGCCCUGCCCAUAGAGACCACAGGACGAGGCCUCCAGGAGUCCAGUCACAGAGAGUGGGGCCAGGAGAUGAUGGGACGGGCCUCAGACCACAGUCCUGGAGGGAUUCCACAUUCCAGCUCUGGAUCACAGGACUAAGAAACACCACAGAUAG